CGCACAUCUUUGCGAAAGGUGUUCGCGUUGAUAUUUUGCAAGGGCGCGAAGAAUGUUUUGAACUCAAAAAGUCAAUAUCAUUAGCAGAGACACCGACAUUUUGCAAGAUUCGACCGAUGAUCACUAUGUUGGUAAACCAGAUAUCAUCGGCUCUCCACGAUUCGCCAAGUGGGCUCUGGUAAGUAACGCAGCUUCGCAGUCGUGUAACGUUGAUAUUUUUGGACACGAUGUUCAGCCUAUCAAUGAGACAUGGAUUAGCUGGUUACCGCGCACCCAUACUGCAGAGCAGAUCAAACGUCGCGCGACUGCAUUGCUGGACAACGUAAUAUUGAUGGUUCGUAAGAGCCGACAAUACUUGGUGCGAGGCGUGCUUUCAAUGUACCAUCGCGCCAAGCAAGCGCCGGCCGCCCACACGUCGCUCGCCCUCGUCGGUAUGAUGUUACGCUGCUGGCAUGGAUUCGAGAAUUCGGGGACUGACCGUUAGUC